UUCGAGUACAGUUAAAAUCCUUUUCAUUAUGAAGCUCCUACUGGUAAUCCUUACGCUCAAUACAGUUUCAACCAAACCAUCGACCUUACUCUUACCCCCAGAAGAAUCCUCAGUUGACGACUUCAGCGAUGCCAUCGUCGCAAUCCUCAGACGCCAUUUCGUUUCGAACCACUCGUCGACGAUGAUCACUCAAUCGUCCAAGGUGGACGACCACACCGAAGCCGUCCAGUUGGAUAUCCUCGAUCGCAUACUGCUCCAAACAUCGAACGAAAUCGCCUACAUCUUCAGCAAUCCGGUCCGACCUCGACGUCCUCGGUUCUUCAACGUCCUCCUGUUCGACAGCUAUUUGGCAUUGCGAAGCAUUCUCAGUCAGCUCCACCCGGACAAGUACGACUACUCGGGAUACUAUCUGCUGAUCCUGACGGCACCUCGCCCGGUUUUCAGCAGAACUCUGCAGCAGAUGUUCAUCGAUCUAUGGGCGUACAACAUCGUAAACGUAGUGUUGGUGACCUCCAAUAUGGAAGGUCAUGACAGUGCCCAAGACAUCGCACUCUUCACCUAUUUUCCGUACGUAGAACACCAUUGCGAACAUGUCCACCCCGUAUUGCUGCAUCGUCUGGCUCCGUUCAGCAAGCUCGAUCCAUCCGUGGAUUUGUUUCCGCCGAAGCUGUCCAACUUCCACGGAUGUCCGAUCCGUAUCGCUGCCGUCGACUAUCCACCGUACACGAUGAUCGAAUCUGUGGGAGGUCGCCAACGGCUUCGUGGAAUGGAAGGUGACAUGCUGAACAUGAUCGCGACGCUGUUGAACUUCACGUACGAGAUAGUGGAAAUGACGGGCGACGAUCACUGGGGGCAGGUCUUCGAGAACGGAUCGUUCAGCGGAGCGGUCAAGCUGGUAGUCGAGGGGACUGUUAACAUGACGUCCGGAUGUUUUUCGAUGCGCGGCGAACGCAUGUCGGCGAUGAAGUCUAGCCUAAGCUACUACACGAUCAAGAUGAUGUUCGCCGUUCCACCUGGGAGGCCGUACACGGCAUUCGAGAAGUUGUUCCGACCUUUUGGCGCGGUGACCUGGACGUUGGUGAGUUUGUACACGGCGAUCGGCGCCGGGGUGAUCUUUCUGCUGAAGUUCUACCCGUGGAGUGUGCGGAAGUUUGUCUACGGUCGCGGCACCGGAAUGGCCUGUAUGAAUUUGAUGAAUGUCUUUUUCGGUGGAGCGAUGAGUCGAACUCCGGGAAGGAAUUUCGCACGAACUCUGCUGUUUCUGUGGUUGUUUCAGUGUUUUGUACUGCGAUCUCUGUAUCAGGGGUCCUUGUUUGAGUACCUUCAGCAGUCGAAGAACUUUAGCCACGUGAACUCACUGAAGCGUAUCGAGGCAGCGAAGAUGCCGUACCGGAUGUCGCGAGGAAACGUCAUGUACGUCAAAGAGAUUCCCAGUAUUCUCAAGAGGUAGCCUUCUAGAAUACCACAUGUCUCUGUACACUCUAACCCAGUUCAUCAACUUCCAGGACAACAAUGAUUCCAGAUAACACCGAGCAUCGUUUCGAACUGUUCAGACAGCAAAGCGUGGACUACCUACAGGUAGCCAUGCUGACGUCUUUCGACCACCUGGCGGCCUACAACGAGAAGUUCUACAAACGCGGUAUCGUCCACGUGGCCAACGAUGUCCUAAUAAGAUCACCGAUCUGUUUUUACUAUCCGAAAAAGUCCUGUCUGGCUGGACGGUUCGACGAGGAAAUCGGGAAGAUUCAGCGAUCCGGUUUGAUCGAACACUGGCUGCACGGCUACAUCGGAUAUCGGUUCUUUCGGAGAGCUAAGGCGCAGCACCACUCGCCGAUGGUCCUGACGAAUGAACACUUGUUGGGCUGCUACGAACUGUGGGCUGCAAUGCUGGUGCUGGCCUGUUUGCUGUUUGUGAUGG